AUGGCCACAGGACGAGUCCUGCUAGGCUCUCUGCUGCUCCUGAUCCUGCACUUGGACCUCCGCGGGGGCCCUGGGGCCUGGGGGGCUUCGGUGGCGGAGGAGGAGCUCUUGUCUGAGCCAGUGGUGGAGAGAGGGACCCGGAGGCCACAGCUGGGCGCCCGCCCGCGCCGAGCCCUGGCUGGCCCGUGCCAGCUGUGGAGCCUACCCUUGCCCGUGGCCGAGCUGGGCUUGGGCUACACGUCGGAGGAGACGGUCAUCUUCCGCUACUGUGCCGGCAGCUGUCCCCGUGGCGCCCGCACCCAGCACGGCCUGACGCUGGCCCGGCUGCGGGGCCAGGGCCGAGCCCACGGUGGGCCCUGCUGCCGCCCCACCCGCUACGCCGAUGUGGCCUUCCUCGACGACCGCCACCGCUGGCAGCGGCUGCCCCAGCUCUCGGCGGCAGCCUGUGGCUGCGGCGGCUAA